GAGAAGGCAGCAUCACCAUGGAGUCCCCUUCAGCCUCUGCUCACAGAGGGCUUGUCCCCUGGCAGGGGCUCCUGCUGGCCAUCUCACUCUUAACCUUCUGGAGCCCGCCCACCACUGCCCAGCUCGCUAUUGUGCCGACCAAUGCUGCCGAAGGGAAGGAUGUGCUUCUGCGUAUCCGCAACAAGCCUCCGGAUGCUGUGGUCUUUCUGUGGUACAGGGGGGAAGGGGCGAGAUCCCAUCGGAAUAUUGCAUCUAUUGUAGUGGACUUAAGAGUACACGCAUUAGGGCCUGCAUACAGCGGUCGAGAGAAAGUAAACAGUGAUGGAUCCAUGCUGUUAAAGAGGGUCACACGGAAGGACACAGGAUACUACACCAUAGUAGCCCACCUUCGAGAUUCAAAAAAAGAAAUAGGAUUUGGACGGCUCCGUGUAUACCAGCCUGUGAGAGUGCCCACCCUCCUAGCCAGCAACACCACAGUCAUGGAGCAUAAGGAUUCCGUGGUCCUCACCUGCUACACAAAUGCAGUCUCCACCCAGUGGUUCUUCAAUGGCAUGAAUCUGAGGCUGACGGAGCGGAUGAAGCUGUCCUGGAACAACAGAACCCUCACCAUAGACCCUGUCAGGAGGGAGGAUGCUGGGAAUUACCAGUGUGAAGUGUCCAACCCCAUCAGUUCCACUGAAAGUGUGCCGGUUGAGCUGGAUGUAAAAUAUUAGUGACCCUCCUCCUCUCCUAUAUGUUACUAAACUCUGAAUAAUUUUUUGUGCCCUUUAAACAGAUUUGUUGUGAGGGUGGAGAGUCCUUAGAAGACUUACAUUGAGUCAAUAAACACACAAAAAUCAGA